UUCUAUUGCCAAAGUUAAUUUUACAAGACCAUUAUCUUGUUCAAGGAGAAUGACACAGAAUUACAGAAAAUCUUCAAAAAGAAUUGUUGAGACAGAAUUACUGAGGGCGGUGGCUCCAUAAAAACUGAGAUCUGAAACUGAGACGAUGGCGUUUUGCUUACGGUUUUAACUUUCUAGCAAACGAAAUUAAGAGAGAGCUUAGAGGUUGAGAUACUCGUACUAUCGAAAUCCUAUCUUUUCUUGUUUAGAGGUAAAGAAUGGCAACUCCCAAAGCCCUUAAGUCUAAACCAAAAUUGAGAUCGCCAAUUCCCAUCAUCAUUUUGAUGUGCAUUACUGCCAUUGCAUUGCUUUUCCUGUUUUCCUCCAUGGAUUCCACGAAUGGGUUUUCUUUCAGCUAUGCCAAAAUCCAUCUGAGAAAGAAAGCAAGGCAGCACUCUUUCCAUGACAAGUAUUUGUACUGGGGUGACCGAAUCGAUUGCCCUGGGAAGCACUGUGAUUCAUGUGAAGGCUUAGGUCAUCAAGAAUCUAGCCUCAGGUGUGCUCUUGAAGAAGCCAUCUUCUUGAACAGAACUUUUGUCAUGCCUUCUAGAAUGUGUAUCAAUCCAAUACACAAUAACAAGGGAAUCCUCCAUAAGUUUGCCAAUGCAACCGCAGAGGAAAGGUGGGCUGCAAGCUUUUGUGCCAUGGAUUCUUUAUAUGAUAUUGACCUAAUAUCUGAAACUGUACCUGUAAUCUUAGACAAUUCGAAUGUAUGGCAUCUGAUAUUAUCGACAAGUAUGAAGCUGGGAGCUAGAGGGGUUGCCCACGUGGAAGGACUUAGGAGGGUGGAUCUCAAAGAGGAUAGUCGUUACUCAAAUCUCUUGCUCAUUAAUCGAACUGCAAGCCCUUUGUCAUGGUUUAUGGAGUGCAAGGAUCGAAACAACCACAGUGCUGUAAUGUUGCCAUAUUCAUUUCUUCCUUCAAUGGCAGCAGAAAAAUUAAGAUUUGCAGUUGACCAGAUUAAAACACUCCUUGGUGACUAUGAUGCUAUCCAUGUUCGUCGAGGUGAUAAAAUAAAAACAAGGAAGGAUAGAUAUGGGGUUGAAAGGAGCCUACAUCCUCAUUUGGAUAGGGACACCCGUGCAGAAUUUAUCCUUCACAGAAUUCAGAAGUGGGUACCAGCUGGACGAACUCUUUUUAUUGCUUCAAAUGAGAGGACACCACGAUUUUUUUCGCCGCUUUCCAUCAGUUACAAAUUGGCUUAUUCAUCAAAUUAUAGUCACAUCUUGGAUCCCUUAAUUGAGAACAAUUACCAAUUAUUCAUGGUUGAGAGGCUUAUCUUGAUGGGAGCCAAAACAUUCAUUAAAACUUUCAAGGAAGAUGAUACAGAUCUCAGUCUCACCGAUGACCCAAAGAAGAACACUAAGAUGUGGCAAAUUCCGGUUUAUACUUUGGAUGGAGAGGGAAGAUAACUUUUCCCUUAUUAUCAUAGUUCAAAUUCAUUAUGUAAUCCGGCCUAUUACCUUCCACAUGUAGUGUAAUAUUUUGGACCUUCAGGCAACAAUUCCAUCAUUUUCUUGAACUCCAUAUCGGCAUGUUACAGCUACAUUGCGGAGAAUCACGAGUCCUCAGGCAAGGCGUGAGUAAUUGUUAAAUGUAAAUUCUGUUGUGUCUGUUACGAUAGCUGGUUGUACGUGUUUUUAAAGAUGUAUUUUACAGCAAUUCUGUUCUACCCGUGGCACUUGAAGCAGUUCUACCUACCCCCAACCCCUUAGCCCCUUUUUCUGUUUACUCGGUGUAAAUUUCAUUUAGUGCUCACUACCUUAUUAUUAUUUUCCAACGGAACAAGAAACCAUACCAAAACACAAAGAAAUUACA